AUGAAAAUCUUGUCAUGGAACUGCCGGGGGAUUGGCAACCCUUGGACAGUGAAUGCCCUCCGAGAUAGGUGUUGGAGGGAGAUGCCAGAAAUCGUCUUUCUAAUGGAGACGAAGAUUGAUGCGCGACAACUCGAAAGAGUACGGAGCAAAUGUGGUUUUGUGAAUGGAAUUUGCCUGAGCAGCAAUGGCAGAGCGGGGGGUAUGGGACUAUGGUGGAGGGACAUUAAUGUUGAGGUCCUAUCUUUCUCGCCUCAUCACAUUGAAGCGGAAGUUCGGGGAGAGAAUGGGGACGGAAUAUGGAAGGCAAUCGGCAUAUAUGGUUGGCCGGAGACGGAAGAAAAACAUAGAACUUGGGCACUAAUGGAAGAAGUGAAGGCUCGGAGUGCGCUUCCAACGAUCAUGUUUGGUGACUUCAAUGAAAUUCUUGGUAUGUCUGAAAAGGAAGGUGGGGUGGUGCGUAGGGAGAGAUUGAUCGAUGAUUUUCGUGGUGCAAUGGACUCGUGUUCGGUCCGUGACUUGGGUUUUAAAGGUAGUAUCUUUACAUGGGAACAUGGCAAUACCAUGGAGACACUCAUUCGGGAGAGACUAGAUAGGUUUAUGGCGGAUGAUGCAUGGGUCUCACUGUUUCCAUGCUUUGAAGUUUUGCAUUUUCCUAUUUAUCGCUCCGAUCAUGCUCCAAUAAUGCUGAAAUGUGGCACGGAUAACCAGAGGAAGAGAGGAGAGAAACCGUUUCGGUUCGAAGCAAUGUGGUUGUCGAGUGAGGAUUGCGGUCGGGUGGUCUCUCAUGCUUGGAGGGGGUCGAGAGAUGACAAUAUUGUGACAAGAAUCGCAAAUGUGGCUGGACACUUAACCUCCUGGGCAACGGAGACUUUUGGGGCCAUUAAGAAGAGGAUAAGGGAUGCUGAAAAGAGACUAAAAAGCUUCCAAGAUAGUAAACACGAUGCUACUGUGCUAAUGCAGUGCAAGAACAUUGCCGAGGAGCUUGAUAACUUACACAAAUUGGAAGAAUCUUACUGGCACGCCAGGGCAAGGGCGAAUGAGUUACGGGAUGGGGACAAGAAUACAAAGUACUUCCAUCACAAAGCGAGCCAAAGGCGGAAACGGAACAGGAUAGUAGGCCUCAAUGAUAAUAAUGGAGAAUGGAGAACAAAGCCAGAGGAGCUAGAUGAGAUUAUUACAACAUAUUUUGAGGGGUUGUUUGCCACAAGCAACCCCACUGGCUUCGAGGAAGCAUUGGAAGGUGUCGAAAGGAAGGUCUCGGAAGUGAUGAAUGGCAGGCUUGAUAAGGAACCGUCGGGUGAAGAAAUACGCGAAGCACUCUUCCAAAUGCAUCCCAAUAAAGCCCCAGGGCCGGAUGGUAUGCACGCCCUCUUUUUUCAGAAAUUUUGGGGGAUUGUAGGUGGGGAUAUUGUGAGUUUUGUGAAGGCAUGGUGGAGAGGAGAGACUGACUUAUCUGAAGCAAAUCGUACGUGCAUAGUACUAAUCCCAAAGUGCAAUGACCCGAAGAGCAUGAUGGAAUUCCGACCAAUAAGCCUUUGCAACGUCUUAUACAAAAUCAUCUCAAAGACGCUUGCAAAUAAGCUAAAACCAAUGUUGGGUUCUAUUAUCUCCCUGGAACAAAGCGCCUUUGUUCCAAAGCGGCUUAUUACGGACAAUGCCCUAGUGGCUUUUGAGAUUUUUCAUGCCAUGUAA